AUGUCUGAAUCAUCCCUUCAACAUACCAAUGGUGCAACCAAACUUCUGCUAAGCGAUGACCACCAAGCUGGUUCUCAAGAGAAUGGGCAUCCAGGUGUCGACACAGAGGGCACCGCCACUUCUCUAAGUAAGCUUGUGGUGACUCUUGAUCAGCCACCUACAGAUCUGAGAUUGUCUACCGAGACAGCGGAUGAGCUGACUCCCGUGGACGUUGAAUCGCACGAUCUUGACGAUAGCGGCUACAUAUCGGACGAAAGUUGUAACUACGAUUCUGCACAAGAGGACUUCGUGCCAGGAGAAUUUGCACGAGAAGACCUUGCACGAGAAGACCUUGCACGAGAAGACAUUGCACCGGUCAUCGAACCAACCAUCAAAAUUCUGGACAGAUAUCAUUUCCAUGAGCAGCCAUCGGAAGGAAACAGCGUUCAUCUUAUCGAAGUUUUGCAGGUCCUCCCAGACGACGGAGAAAAUACUCUACCAUAUAGUCGUCGUAUGCAGUUACCGUUCGGAACCUUUCCGGACAGAGCAGCAGCGAAGCCGAGCCGAGUUAGAAUACGUUCUGCGCGUUUGACAGCACUUCUUGAUCUCAUUGCGGAGAAAAGUUGUGGAAUGCACCGCACAUGGGAUUUGCGAAAGACGGAAAAAUUGAAGGAUGCUGCGAAACUUCCAGGAAGCACCUCAGUCGUUUAUCUGUAUCCAUUCAAACUCUUCGUUCUGUUCGAGCAGGAUAUAAGGAAAUUCGCGCAAUGGUUGCGAGACGAACGACCCGAACAUCCUGAGUUCAGCCAGUUUCCAGAGGUUUUCUGGACACCUGCCACACUGGAAGAGCUUCUCAUAUUGAUCGAUCUUUUCGAUGUCCAGCUGUCGAGCGUCUUCCAGCGGCGCCGUAAUCUCCUCGGGGAAGGAGGCUUUCAGGACAGCAGUAACGCUAUGAUAGAAUUUGCAGAUUUGUGGCUUCUGUAUGAGCCCGGACAAUUAGUCUAUAUGCGCCAGUCUGCUGAUACUGUUCGACCACGAAGCCCACCACAGCUCUGGCAGGUCUUGCAAUACUCGGGUGCUAGGAAAGUGUUGAACAGCGAGUCGAAUAUGAACUUGAAUGAUGCCUACAGUGACACUGCAGGAGCAGGGAGCAAGGACAAGAUGAACCGAUUCGUCCUCAAGGGCUUUACCUACGAUACUGACGAACAAUCCGGCACUUGUGUACCCAUAGAACAAACGUUGAACAUACCACAUUGGAGUGGGUUCAGGGAAAUUCGGAGUUUGUUUGCCUUUCCCGUGGCAUUCUGCCGGCCCAACUUUGAAUUUCCAGACGCAUCGGGUGAAAAGUAUCUGGAACGCCUCAGUUUGGAAGGUCAGCGGAUGUGCGAACUAAAGCAGGGCAUGAUCAAAAGCUAUAAAGGCCCUGGUAUCGACGAGUAUGGGACUCUAUGGCAGUACGAUUCUGAAGUCAUAAUCGAUUCGGAACGAGCCCGCCAAGAUGCUCCGGAGCUUUUCGGCAAUGGCAGAUUAGGCAUAUCUACUCUAGGCAUGUUGUCACCCUUCUCAGAGGGAGCCUCAACCAUUUCGCACAGCAUAUCUCUGGAGAUUGGGGACACUAGGGAAGUGGAAGAGGACUACUGGAUGACUUCAGGUGAUUCAAUGAUUGACAACAUACACGACGACAUCACGAUGGAAUGGCAAUACUUCAAGCAUAUUGGUGAUACCAAAAAGCUAGCAACAGUAGCCCGGGAGCUCUCCAGUUUCGACGUCAAGAAGGACCUCAAAUCGCUCGUGAUACUCCCUAGACUUGUGUGUGGCUUUGUCCUAUCGGCAAGAACUUGGGCCAAUCUCGAUAUCGGAGGUCUGGACAAUCACCGUUUCAAGAAAGAAUUAUGGGAUGAAGUCAUGCUUCAAGACGGGCAUAAGCAUUUGCUCCUUGCUGCAGUGCAGAAAUCCGCAAAAAUCGAUACCACGAAGCGUCUACCUAUUCAUGGUAAAGGUCUGGGUACUCUUAUUUUGCUCCAAGGACAUCCAGGUACCGGAAAAACAUUCACAGCUGAGGCAUUGGCUGCCAGAACUGAGAGAGCCUUAUACCCGAUCACACCUGGAGAGCUCGGGAGUGAAGUUGCAGUUCUAGAAAGAAACCUAGAUCGUAUCUUUCAACGUGGAAGGAGGUGGGAUUGUAUUUUGCUGAUGGACGAGGGUGACGUCUACCUGACUGCGAGAUCUCGACAACCGGACGGUACGAACGAUCGGAAUAGAGUGGUCGGUGUGUUCUUGCGUCAUCUCGAAGACUACCCUGGUAUCAUAAUUAUAACCACGAACUGGGCUGAGCAACUCGAUAGAGCUGUCAGAGAUCGAGUAACUUUGCCCUUGCCAUAUCGGCCUCUGAACCGAAACGCCAUCACUGAAAUCUGGAAACGCUACAGUCUCAUGACAGAUCAAUUCCUUGGUGACAGACCUAAAGAACAGCGACCUCACGUUGAAAUCGCGGAGAAUACCAGGGAAUGGGCGGUGAAACAGUACAACUUAUCCACAAGCACAACGUCAGGCACGUCAAAAGACACAAAAGACACAAAAGAACCUUUGGGAGAAAGUCCAUGGACAAGUGGCAGACAAAUCCGAACAGCUUUUCGCUUGGCUAUAUUCAUCGCGAUGCAAGACAGAGUGCGCCAGAAGCACCAUCACCUCGUGAUCGAGGAGGGAAAGAAGCCGGAAAAAGACAGGGAAACGAUUCUUGAGCCGAGACUGGCAGAAGGCGAUUGGAUUACAGUUGAAAUAAGACACUUUGAACAGGUGUUUGAGCUGUUCGGUGCAUUUGCCAAAGGACUUAAGGACGGAAAAAAACAGCCCGAACGUGAUGAAAAUAUAUCGUACGACCGCCAGGACCUCACUUAG